UUGAGACCUGAGACACAGCGCGCGCUCAUUGGCUGACAAGACAAGUGGUCCGUUAGUUCCGGUCCGCCCUCAAUAAGUGCUCAUCGUGUCUUCCAAAUCUCUUUCCCAUUUGCUGGGACGCGGGGCGGGGCUGAGGCGCCGAGGACGUCGAGGCGAUUGGCUGAUGUCUGUCGGGGUGCGGAGAACUCCAGGAAGUAGCCUGCGCGCUGCAGGGUGGGUAGCGGAUGCCGGUUGCGCCUGCGCGUUGGCCUCCUCUCUGCGGGAAGAUGGUGCUCGUCAAGGAAUUCCGAGUGGUUCUGCCAUGCUCUGUGCAAGAGUAUCAAGUUGGACAACUUUAUUCCGUGGCUGAAGCCAGCAAAAAUGAAACAGGCGGUGGGGAAGGGAUCCAGGUCUUAACGAACGAGCCUUAUGAGAAGGAUGGUGAAAAGGGCCAGUAUACGCACAAGAUCUACCACUUGAAGAGCAAAGUUCCUGCGUUUGUGCGGAUGUUUGCUCCAGAAGGUUCGCUGGUGUUCCAUGAGAAGGCCUGGAAUGCGUACCCUUUCUGCAGGACGAUUGUAACGAAUGAAUAUAUGAAAGACGACUUCUUCAUCAAAAUUGAGACUUGGCAUAAAUCGGACUUGGGAACAUCCAACAACGUCCACGACUUGGAUCCAAAUACGUGGAAGAAUGUUGAAGUUGUCCACAUUGACAUUGCAGACAGAAGCCAAGUGGAGCCAGGAGAUUACAAAGCUGAUGAGGACCCAGCAUUGUUCCAGUCAGUCAAGACCAAGAGAGGCCCUUUGGGACCCAACUGGAAGAAGGAGCUGGCAGCUGAUGGAGACUGUCCGAAAAUGUGUGCUUACAAGCUGGUGACAAUCAAGUUUAAAUGGUGGGGACUGCAGAACAAAAUAGAGAACUUUAUUCAGAAGCAAGAAAAGAGGAUAUUUACGAACUUCCAUCGCCAGCUUUUCUGCUGGAUCGACAGGUGGAUUGAGCUCACUAUGGAGGACAUCCGGCGGAUGGAGGAUGAAACACAGAGAGAGCUGGAAGCGUUGCGCAACCAAGGUGAAGUGAGAGGAACAAGUGCUGCUCAUGAUGAAUGAAGGCGGAUCUGUCCAGUCACGUACAUGGUGUGCUGAUCCAUUUGUGUCUGUGCGCACGGAUGCACGAUUUUUGCACAUACAGUUGUGCAUGCAUGCACACACACAAGGGGUGCGCAUUGUACUGAGAGACUGCUACAGUUUCUCCAAGGUACUGAAUCUUUUCCACAAAAGAAACUCCUUUCAUUAUGUAUAUCCAAAGCAAAUAAAGCCACCUAGUGUCACUUAAGAGAAGAAAAGAUUGCUGAAUUAUGUUGAUGCUGGACCAAUUUAUUCCCUCUUGUUUUAUGCCCUUCUUGAGCAUCUCUUCGUGCUAGAACUCACCUUGUCUUUUAUGCUAAUAGAUUUGGAUCAGAAGUUAAUUCCCCAUUUUGUGUUUUCUUCAUGAUUUUGAAAUAAGAACUCUGAAUGUAUUUAUAGAUAUUUAUUUCUAGAUUGUCACUAUCUUGGAAUUAAAUCAGAAACAUUUCAUGAGGGGGGAGGAAGAAUCAUAUUUUUCCAGUUGAGUGAAAAAUAUAAACAUAGCUUUUAUCUGUCUGCCCAAAAAAGAUCUGUUUUAUUGAAGUUUUGUACACUGAAAAUCAAGUGUUACUUUAUUAAAAUUGGCAAAAUAAGAAAUAUAAGAAAAUAAGUCAUAAGCAUCAUGAAUGGUGGCAAUAUUGAAGCUUUGUCAGUUUUGCCCCUGAGCUUGAAUCAGUAUGAAAGGGAAGCAGUAAGACGUUCUGCUCUUUGGGAACUGUGCAGAAGUACAGAAGUUCUGCACCAACUGUACAAUCAACUAAAAUUGACGCUCACUGUCUAUGUUCAAAGAGACGUUCUCUUUCAGACAUACAUGUAUAUAUUUAACAUUUAAAAUAAUUUCCCUGAUAUUGGUUAGAAGUAGAUAUAAGCUGGUAUCCUGAAGAUCAUUCUGUAGACAUUUCUUAAAUAUGUUUGCAGUUGAGGAAGGUGGGUCAUGUCCUGGACACAGACUUUUGCAAUGCUUAGUAGCUCAGUAACAAAAUAUUGUAGGACCCCCAAGCAAGCUGAGGAGUUGAGUGUGGGUUUCCUUUUGGGAGCUAAUAGAGUUUUUUUUGUUGAUUGGGCCAGCUAAUCCAAAGGCCAGCCUGAUCACCCUCUCCUUGAAAUUCUACUGGCUUCAGGGGUGAGCUCUUAAAGUGUAAAAGGGGCACUAGGAAGUUGACACAUGCUGCAUCUUCGUCAGAAGCCUGUGGUCUCGAGCCUGAUCUUUCCAGGAUUGUGGUAGCAAAUGGAUGCUUGUUUGUCAUCCCAUCAGAUGAUUAGCUUGUAAAUAUAUAAAUACUGUUUUUAAGAGACUUGCUAACAUAGGCUGUUGCUAAUUGAAGAAUCUAGGGGCUGCCUUCUUUCCGUGUAAGUGUGUGCUCUCAUUAGCACCAAGGAGAGCCCAAAUGCCUGCCCCAAACAGCGACUAAUGCAGUGCAUCGGUUAUGUGGGUUUGGUGGGGUGGGGGAUAAUUCAUCGUAAACAACGAGAGGGAACUUUGUAGUGAAUGUAAAACUUAGUUUACU